UUUCCCCUUUCGUCAUCUUCAACCCCAAACCCUAAUUCCAAAAUCAAACUUCUGUAACAAAAUUCUCAACCCAAUUCUCACAACAAUCAUAUCAUUCAUCUUCAACAACUCAUCAUAGCGUCAAAUCAAAGCAAUCAAUCACAUAUUCCACACAAACAAAACUCACAAUUAACAACAAACACUAACGGAUCGUUAAUCGACCACGAUGUCGACCAAUCUAUGGGUCGGUAAUCUGGCCGCCGGUGUUACGGAUUCAGAUUUGAAGAAUAUGUUUGAGAAAUUUGGCGGUGUGAGCGUCGAAACGUGUUCUUUGUUGCGAAAUUAUGCGUUCGUGUACUUGAAGAAUGUGGAGGAUGCUAGGAGGGUGAAGGAGAGUUUGAACGGCGUCGUUUUGCGUGGUUAUCCGUUGAAGAUUGAUUUUGCUAAACCGGCUAAACCCUGCAAGUGUCUGUGGGUUAGCUGUAUCGGUACUUCGAUUUCAAAAGAAGAUUUAGAAGAAAAAUUUUCUAAAUUUGGCAAAAUUGAGGAAUUUAAAUUUCAACCGCGCAAAAAUUCUGCUAUCAUUGAUUAUUUCAAACUAGAUGAUGCAAUUAAGGCUUUUAAAGCUAUGCGUGGAUCUGCGAUUCGUGUGGAUUAUUCCAGAUCUCAAUCUGCAAGACAUAUUCUGCCAUCAGAAGGUCCGAAACGGAAUGAAGAACUUCCAAGUAAUGUUUUGUGCAUAUCUUAUCCUCCCACCGUUCACGUCAACGAACAAAUGUUGCACAAUGCCUUAAUAUUGUUCGGUGAGAUCGAAACAAUUAAAAGUUUUCCUUCAAGAUUCUGCUCAUUUGUCGAGUUUAGAAGCAUGGAAGAGGCUCUACGUGCGAAGAACGGGCUGCAGGGAAAACUUUUCAAUGAUCCUAGAAUAUCAAUUACGUUCUCGAGAAACGAACCUACACCAAGCCCAUAUUUUACCGGAUCCAUAGGCCCAAGGCCCGUUGCAUUAGCUAAUGGAAUGCCAUUUCAUGCACCACAUUUGGAUGUGAUUGCUCAAUGUGGGCGUGUGAUUCCUCAUGGUGUUGUAGGACCCGUUAGCUCUACGCGACCUUUUGCUUUUCUGGAUUCAACUGUCGGUGGGCCCGACCCUAGUUUUGUCACUGCAACCGGGGAUCUAAAUUGGAGGUCGUCUCCUUCGAAUCAGAUGCUUUCAUCUCCUUCAGUAGGUAUGAAUCCGUUGACCAAGUCAACUCAUGGGACAUGGGAUGAUUUUGAUGCAAACCAAAUUCAAAGGGCGCCCAAGAGGUUGAGAACCGAUGAUUAUACGCCCAUAAAAGAAACGAAUAAUCAUGCUCUGUUAAACGAUCAAGUAUUCAGAAGUGUUUCCCCAAACACUAGAUUCACGAGGAGUUCGAACGUUGAUCGUGCUGAUGUGAACUAUAUGUGGCGAGGAAUCCUUGCAAAGGGUGGAACGCCUGUUUGUCGUGCACGUUGUGUUCCUAUCGGAGAUUGGAUUGGAUAUGAGAUGCCUGAAAUUGUAAAUUGUUCAGCUAGAACAGGACUGGACAUGCUGGCAAAACAUUAUGCAGAUGCUAUAGGAUUCGAUAUCGUUUACUUUUUACCCGAUAGUGAAGAGGAUUUUGCUUCGUAUACCGAGUUUCUACAGUACAUGGGUGAUCGGAACCGAGCAGGUGUUGUUAAAUUUGGUGAUGGGACCACUUUAUUCUUGGUCCCACCAUCUGACUUUUUAGAAACGGUUUUGAAAGUUUCUGGUCCUGCCCGUCUUUACGGGAUUGUUCUGAAGUUCCCACAACAUGCGGAUCGUGUACCACCGGUUACCGCUACAUCAACUACUUCAGUUGGACUUUCUUUAACACCUGAACUUGUUGCAUCUCUGGCUUCUUUAGCUAAGGUCAACUCUAAUGGUCAACAACUAUCGGGUAAUACAGUGCCGGAACCAGUGUUAAAUGAAAGACAACUUCGAGGAAAGAUGUAUGAACACGAAACUUCCAAUCUGACUGGUGAUUUCAUGCAGUCAAAUAAAGUCAACGGCCCUAUGCAGGUCAGCAAAAGCUGGAGUUUGAUGCUGAUAAGAAUCAACGGUACCAAUCAACACUACAGUUUGCAGCUAACCUCCUCCUCCAGAUACAGCAGAAGCGGUCAGGAACAGAAACAGACGGAAAACAGUAAGGUGGCUUCUUUCGUCAAGGUAUUACCGUUGCUGACCCUAAUUAUCUAUACACACACAUACGUAUAUAUGAUUCUUUAGGUAAUAGUUUAGAUAUGUGUCCAUCUAGAGUUCAUUUCUGCUCUGUCAUGUUCUGUGUUUUGUGUUUUUAGUGUUCUGCUGAAGUAGUUGGUUUUUCAAAUUUAGAAAACGGGUAAGAUACGUCAUAGGUUAGUUACUGGUAACCACUUUAAGCAACAGCUAGCAGUUAGAUACCAUGGUUCGAUCAUAUUAAUUAGGGUAUUGGGAGUUUUAAAAGGUCAAAACAUGCCAGUUUCUAAACAAGGGUUAAUACCAUAAAAAUCUAACAUGCUUACUCGUUUUGCACAAACUUUUGGUGUCCUUUUUAACGAAUUUUGACAAGUUUUGUCCUUUACAAGGAAUUUUGUUGCACGUUUUGUCCUUUAGUCUUAACUCAGUUAGAUUUUCUUGUUAAAUCUUGUCACCCAAGGGUCUUUUAGUCUUUUUACCCAUUUAUUUAAUAUUAUUUAAAAGAAUAAAACAAAAUAUUUUAGGGUUGACUCUUGAAUUAAAUGGGUAAAAUGACUAAAAUACCCUUGGGUGACAAGAUUUAACAAGAAAAUCUAACUGGGUUAAGCCUAAAGGACAAAACGUGCAACAAAAUUCCUUUUAAAGGGCAAAACUUGUCAAAAUUCAUUAAAAAAGACACCGCCUGAUAAGUGGUAUUAAGAUAAAGGACAAAACUUGUAAUUUUUCCGUUUUUUUAUACUUAUGUUUCAAACAUCUUCAGAGACUUUAAGGUACCAAAAGUUUGUUUCAAGGCUUUUUCGUGCAAAAUGAAAAAAAUAUAUAUAUAUAUUGGUUUUCUAUGGUAUAAACCCUUUAAACUUUGUCGGUCUUUUAACAAGUUUGGACAUAGUCAAAGACAUGUCAGACUUGAUAGAUUUGUUGUCUGAAGUGCAUGAUUCUGCUCCUGAUUUGAUUGUUCUCUACGUGUUUGGUAUUAUGAUUUCAUUUAUAAUCAUAUCUCCUUUAUUGUAUUUCCCUAAUACAUGUUAUAUACACACACUUUCUUUGUUUGUUUUACUCGACAUGUAUUUAUAAGUCAGAUAUAGUAUAGCAGUACAUACAAGUUUGUAAUAUCUAGACAUUUGCGUCUUAAUCUUGACCUCUUUUUCAUUCCUAUAAA